AUGCCAAAGCCUUUCCCAGUCCGCAAUGGAGUGACAUCAUUCUGGCGGACAGAGCCUCAUUCCCUGGACAGCCAUCGAUCGAGCGAGUCUAUCCCCGAGCAGAGCGAUAUCGUCGUCAUUGGAGCCGGAUAUGCGGGGGCAUCAGUCGUGCACCACAUCCUCGAGCAGAUACCGUUCACAUCGCAGCCGCCCUCCAUUGUGAUUCUUGAGGCUCGCCAGGCCUGUUCGGGUGCUACGGGAAGGAAUGGAGGACAUAUGAAACCCGAUCUAUACAAUGGGAUCUCGGGAAUUGCGGCUGAGCAUGGUGUUGAGGCAGCUGCCGAAGUGGCUGCUUUCGAGGCCAGGCAUGUCCAUUCAAUCAAGGACUUUGUCGAGAAGGAGAAGAUUGCUUGUGAUUACACGGUCACAAAGGCUGUGGAUGUCCAGUUAGACCAAGGUUAUUCCGAUAAGCUCAAAGACGGGUAUGAUCGAUUGGUCGCCAGUGGGCUUGAACCCACGAAGCAAGCGCAAUAUAUCGACGGCGGUAAUGCGCAAAAGUUCUCUGGAGUCAAAGGUGCCGUGGGCUGUUUCACCUACGAUGCCGGACAUGUAUGGCCCUACAAAUUUGUACUCCAUCUGUUAGAGAAAGCCAUCUCACGCGGUGUCAAUCUCCAAACCCAUACGGCUGUCUCUGGGGUCUCACGGUCUACCAGCUCCACUUCUAGUCAUCACUGGCAAGUGAAUACAUCUCGCGGAGCCAUUGUCGCCAAAGUCGUCGUGCUAGCAACAAACGCCUACACCUCUGCCCUGGCACCUCAAUACCAAGAGAAGAUCAUCCCGGUUCGAGGAACAUGUAGUCGAAUCAUUGUUCCUCCUGGACCUAUGAGGCCUCGUCUGGAGAAGACAUAUACUCUGCGCCGGAACGGCUGGGACUAUGACUAUCUGAUCCCUCGGGCUGACGGUAGUAUUAUUGUCGGCGGUGCUCGGCCGCCUAUUAUUAACCAACUGGAGAGCUGGUAUAAUGUCAGCGACGACAGUGUAGUCUUGCAACGUGCCGCGCAAUACUUCGAUGGGUAUAUGCAGCGCAAUUUUGUGGGGUGGGAGGAUAGCCAUGCAUAUACCGACCGAGUCUGGACGGGAAUCAUGGGAUAUUCUUCAGAUGGCUUCCCCCAUAUUGGCCGGGUUCCUGGACACGAUGGUCAAUUUAUACUUGCAGGGUUUACGGGACAUGGAAUGCCACAAAUCUUCCUCGCAGCUGAAGGCCUGGCCAAGAUGAUAGUCGCAGGGACCGAGUUUAUGGACACUGGAUUACCGCGGCUAUUUCAAACUACGCAGGCUCGGUUGGAUAGUUCGCGUAACCAAGCAUUGGAGAAUGUUCCUACAUUGGGGAGUUUGCAAGCCCGGCCGUGA